UUCCUUAGAGAAGCGUCCUGCGUCGAGCCUCACUGAGGGGAUUUAGUAAGCCUCCUUAAGUGGCUGUGUUGUCGGUCUUUAUUCCUGCGCCUUACCGGAAAGGGGCUGAGAGUUUCGUCUGUCAGAGGGAGGAUGAAGCGUCGGGUCGGGCCGGAGUCCUAAAGAUGGUUCCUUGCGUGCGGCUUCCGCCAUGAACCUGGAUACUAUUCCCCAAGAAGAAAUUCAUUAGUUUGGAACUAGUGGAUUCCUUUGCAUCAGAUACUAAGAUGAAAGAAUCACCGAUAGAUAGCGAAUGUGACAAAGCAGUGGCACCACAACUGGGGCAGCUGGAUGAAAUUAAGACAGAACCUGACAAUGCACAGGAGUAUUGUCAAGCCCAGCAGCCCAAAACUCAGGAGAAUGAACUGAAAAUAAACACUACAUUUUCAGACAGUGCUCCACAGUUGACUACAAGCAUUCAGCUUUCUCUGACAUCAUCUGGCAUGAAUAAAAUGCUUCCUUCAGUUUCAACCACAGCUAUUCAGGUUUCCUGUUCUGGUUGUAAAAAAAUUCUUCAGAAGGGGCAAACUGCUUAUCAGAGGAAGGGGUCUACUCAGCUCUUCUGCUCCACGUUUUGCAUCACUGAAUACAUUUCAUCUGCCAGUUCACCAGCUCUUCCCAAGAAAACUUGUUCAAACUGCUCAAAAGACAUUUUAAAUCUAAAGGAUGUGAUCAGUGUCCAGCUGGAUGACUCUAGCAAAAAUUUUUGCAGCCAGUCUUGUCUUUCAUCAUAUGAAGAAAAAAGAAAAGCAUUUGUUGCCAUAUGUACUAAUAACAUUUUAACCAAGUGCAGCAUGUGUCAGAAGACUACUGUUAUUCAGUAUGAAGUAAAAAAUCAGAAUGUGAAACACUGUCUUUGUAGUAAUGCCUGUUCUUCACUCUCACUUGAACAGCCUCCUGUGAUCUGUUGUGAGAACUGUAGGGCUUACGAUCACACGUCUAGUCUGUUGCAUAUACUUCCAAUGAAAGGCCAGUCCCAUUACUUUAUUAGUUCAAAGGGUAUGACAGCAUAUAAGCAGAAACCAGCCAAAACACUUACAUCUGUUCUUUGCAAAUCAUUGAAGCCCUCAGAUGAAAUGAUUGAGACCACCAAUGACUUGGGGAAGACAGACCUUUUCUGUUCUAUUAAUUGUUUCUCUGCUUACAAUAAAGCUAAGAUGGAAUCUUCUACAGUAAAUGUUUCCAUGGUACAUGAUGCUUCAACGGGGCUCUUUUCUCCAAAGAAAGAUACAACUCCAAUUAUAAGCAAUAUAGUGUCACUGGCAGAUACUCAUGUCUCCCUACCCAUCAUGAACUCUGAUGUCUCACAAGAUACAGUUUCUUCAGUAACAGCAAAUGUCAUUGUAGAUGUAAGUUUUAGUUUACCCAGUGAAUCAAGUACUGGUGUUGCUAAUAAUAGUGUUGAACAGCCAAGCCUUUCACCAUCUUCAUCAAUAUCCAGUCAGAAUGCAGUUGGCUCCAGUGUAGAAGUACAGAAAGAUCAAGUGUCAAACCAAGAUGCUACAUACAAUAUGAAAUCUGUGAAAAUAAGUGAUGGACUAUGUCAUCCAAAAUUUACAUCCAAAGUACUAAAAGUUAAAGAUAAAUCACGAAGUAUUAAGAAAUCUUGGUGUUCAAAUUUCCAGCAUUUGAAAAGCAGUAUUAAAAAGGAUGUGACAUUCUGUUACUCAUGCCAGUUGUUCUGCCAAAAAAAUUUUAGUUGUGGAGGAGAAUCAUUAGCAGCCCAAGGAAUUUCUAAUUGGAAAAAGACUCUGGAAAAAUUCAGAAAGCAUGAAAAAAGUGAAAUGCAUUUGAAGUCAUUGCAGUUUUGGAGGGAAUCCCAGUUUUGUGAUGAAGCUGUCAAUGAUAAUUUAUCUAUUCAUUCAAAACAGAUGGAAGGAAAUAAAAAGUACCUAAAGCUUAUAAUUGAAAAUAUUUUAUUUCUUGGGAAGCAGAGUUUAUCAUUAAGGGGAAAUGAUCAGUUGAUUUCAACUGUGAAUAAAGGCAAUUUUUUAGAAUUGUUAGAAAUCAGAGCAAAAGAUAAAGGAGAGGAAGUAUUCCGACUUCUGAAUUCACAAGUUGACUUCUAUAAUAGUACACAAAUUCAAAAUGAUAUUAUUGAAAUAAUAAAGACUGAAAUACUGCAAGAUAUUGUGAAUGAAAUCAAUGUCUCCCCAGCUUUUUCAAUAAUAUGUGAUGAGACAACUGAUAGUGCCACUAAAGAACAGCUUUCCAUUUGUGUAAGAUACCCACAAAAAAUGUCAAAGGCUGUCUUAAUAAAAGAAAGAUUCUUGGGUUUCAUAGAUGUUGAAGAGAUGACUGGGACUAACUUACAUAGAACUAUCAAAACUUACCUGCAGCAAAUUGGAGUUGAUUUGAGUAAAAUAUGCGGCCAGGCCUAUGAUAGUACCAUGAAUUUGAGGGGAAAAUUUAAUAAAGUUGCAGCAGAAUUCAAGAAAGAAGAGCCAAGAGCUUUGUACAUACAUUGUUAUGCCCAUUUUUUGGAUUUAGCAGUAAUUAGGUUUUGUAAAGAAGUAAAAGAACUCCGAAUUACUCUAAAUACUCUCAGCUCUUUGUUCAACACUAUUCAUAUGUCUGGGGAAAUGUCUGCACAUUUUCAAAAUACUUGUAAACUAAGUCAAAACAAAACAUGCAAGAAACAUACAUCACAAUCAUGUUGGACAGCCCAUGAUCGUAUGUUACUAUCAGUGAUCGAGGGUCUCCCAGAGAUUAUUGAAACACUGGAAUUUGUAGCAAGCCAUUCUUCAAAUACAAGUUUGGCUGAUGAAUUGAGUGAUUUGUUAACAUUGGUUUCCAAAUUUGAAUUUGUCUUUUGUUUGAAAUUUCUUUAUCGAGUGUUAAGUGUUACAGGAAUUCUUUCCAAAGAGCUUCAGAGUGAAACCAUAGAUAUUUUUUCAUUGUCUUCAAAAAUAGAAGCAAUUUUGGAAUGUUUAUCAUCUGAAAGAAAUGACGUCUAUUUCAAAACUAUCUGGGAUGGAACAGAGGAAAUAUGUCAAAAAAUAACCAGUAAAAGUUUUGAAGUUGAAAGACCUUCUUUUCAGAAAAGAAGAAAAAUUCAGAAAACAAUAGAUCUUGGCAAUUCAGAUAGUACUUUUUUUCCUACCUCAACAGAAGAACAAUAUAAAAUUAAUAUUUAUUACCAAGGAUUGGACACUAUAUUAAAUAAUUUAAAAUUAUGUUUUUCAGAGUUUGAUUAUUGCAAAAUGAAGCAAAUUUCAGAACUACUAUUUAAAUGGAAUGAACCGUUAAAUGAAGCAACAGCCAAACAUGUCCAAGAAUUUUAUAAACUUGAUUCAGACAUCAUCCCAGAACUUAGAUUUUAUCGGCAAUAUGCAAAGCUUAACUUUGUCAUAGAUUAUGAUUGUAUCAACUUCAUCAACCUUGGCUAUUUGUUUAUCCAGCAUGGUCUUCACAAUAAUAUUCCUUGCAUAUCAAAGCUGUUAUAUAUUGCUUUGUCUUGGCCAGUUACUUCAAGUGCCGAAAACUCAUUUUCUACACUGCCUCGUCUUAAAACAUAUUUAUGUCAUACCAUGGGACAAGAGAAGCUUAGUGGCCUAGCCCUAAUGGCUAUUGAGCAGGAAUUGGUAAAUAAACUGAUGGAACCUGAAAGACUCAGUGGGAUUGUGGAAAAGUUUAUCCAUCCAAUGAAAGAGAUGUAA